AUGUCUUUGUGGAGCUCCUACCGGUCCCUCACCCCCAAAACCCGGGCCUUGUUCGGUAUCGGCGCCAUGGCCUGGGCAAGCAUCGGUCUCUGGACUUCACCCCAGGUCGAGAGCGCGCUAGGGAUGCAGGCUACCCAGGCCGAACAGGAUACGCUGGACCGCCAGCUUGCGGUGCGGGUUUCGCGGGUUGGAGAGGACGAGCAGCACCGGGCCAAUUGA